CCCCCGCCCUCCCCAGGCUGCUUCCUGCUCCUCCCUCCUCUCCCCGCUCCAGCUGUUUCUCAGGCUGAGUUCUGUCUGUGUCCCACACAGAACACUGGACAGAGCGAGGCUCUUAGGAUGUUGCUGGAGGUUGUGCUCAGCGGGGCUCAGACGAAAUCUUCCGUGAAUGCAAGAAAUGCUUCCAAGCAAACAUCCAUUACCAGAACAACUGUGUGACCACGAGAAAGAAGCCAGGGCGCGAGUUCCCAAACCCUGAAGCCGCAGGAGCCCAAAGGGGAGACUGGAGAGAAGGUAUUUCCAGCUGUGCACAGUGACUGACCGGCUGAGGACCAGGCUGAGGACCCACACUGGAGUUCUGCUCUGUAACGGUGAACAGUGAAGCUCUCCAAAGAGAUGGAGCACGAGACUUACAAUGACUCCAGCAUCUACUAUGACGAGUACUCUGAUGGCUUUGGCUACAUUGUGGACUUGGAAGAGGCAGAUUCUCAGGAGGCCAAGGUGGCCCCAGUCUUCCUGGUAGUGAUCUACAGCUUGGUAUGCUUCCUCGGGAUCCUAGGCAACGGCCUAGUGAUUGUCAUUGCCACCUUCAAGAUGAAGAAGACAGUGAACACCGUGUGGUUCGUCAACCUAGCAGUGGCUGACUUCCUGUUCAACAUCUUCUUGCCGAUCCACAUCACCUACGCCGCCAUGGACUACCACUGGGUGUUUGGGAAGGCCAUGUGCAAGAUUAGCAACUUUUUGCUUAGCCACAACAUGUAUACCAGUGUCUUCCUAUUGACCGUCAUCAGCUUUGACCGCUGCAUCUCAGUGCUUCUUCCAGUAUGGUCCCAGAACCACCGCAGUGUCCGUCUGGCCUACAUGACCUGCGUGGCUGUCUGGGUCCUGGCUUUCUUCCUGAGUUCCCCAUCUCUCGUCUUCCGAGACACAGCCGACAUGCACGGAAAGAUAACCUGCUUCAACAACUUCAGCUUGGCCUCGGCUGAGUCCUUGCCACAUCCCGCCCACUCGAGAACAGUUUCCACAGGCUACAGCAGACAUGUGGCGGUCACCGUUACCCGCUUCCUUUGUGGCUUCCUGAUCCCCGUCUUUGUCAUCACGGCCUGCUACCUUACCAUCGUCUUCAAGCUCCAGCGCAACCGCCUGGCCAAGACCAAGAAACCCUUCAAGAUCAUCAUCACCAUCAUCAUCACCUUUUUCCUCUGCUGGUGCCCCUACCACACGCUCUACUUGCUGGAGCUCCACCACACAGCCAUGCCGGCCUCUGUCUUCAGCUUGGGGCUGCCCCUAGCCACGGCCAUCGCCAUUGCCAACAGCUGCAUGAACCCCAUUCUGUACGUCUUCAUGGGCCACGACUUCAGAAAAUUCAAGGUGGCCCUUUUCUCCCGCCUGGUCAAUGCCCUGAGUGAGGACACAGGCCCCUCCUCCUACCCCAGUCACAGGAGCUUCACCAAGAUGUCCUCAGUGAAUGAGAAGGCUUCAGUGAAUGAGAAGGAGACCUGUACCCUAUGACCCUUACCUGAGAAUGUCCCCGUGGGUGCCACAGCCCAGGGACACCCAGGGACGCCCAGAGACUUGUCUCCUGAAGUGGGAGACACGCUGGGAGCCUUUGGGGAUGCUCCAGUGCCCACUACGUUUUGCACAAGGCGGCUCAUGUUUUGAGUGGGGUCCCCAAGUGUGGACACUCUUCCAGCAAAAUGGCAGGCAAGUAACCUGAGCCUCUGCAGCAGGACUGACUCAGAAAAGGGAGUGUCUCUGAAGCCAAGACCUGAACCCACGUAACAGCACACAAUUUCACCGUGUGUGCCCCAAACAUGCUGUACAGUCUCCGGUGUGGGUGAGGAGGUCACUGAAAACCCACUGCAGACCUGUAUUGGUGACAUGACAGUCAAGCAGGCAAAGUCCACCACAACCACCCCCCCAAUCAUCCUCCAUCUCCUUGACUUUGGAUUUCAGAAGAACGGGGAGGACCAGGACCUAGGGGGCUUCAUAGAACCUUGCAAGGGCAACCACAGGGCUGUGUGUGUAUGUGGGGGGAUGGGGGGCUGAAGAGGUGGAGACAGAAAGCAGAGACCCCCAAAGGAUGUGGGUACAGGAUAUCUCACACCAUCAUGCCCCAGGGAGACAGAGCUAUAGUGGUGGAUGCUUGGGGGUUCAGGUGGUGGCAGCUCUUUGCUUCAGUGUAUAUACUCACCUAGCGCUGAACCCUGAGGCUGGGUGGAGGCCUCUUCACAGAAGCCCCCACCCCAUCCCCAUCCCAGGGUCUCCUCUUCCCUAAUCCCCUCAAUGCUGGCUGGAAGGGCCUAGAAUGUCCUGAUCUAGAACAGAGUUUGGGACUCCAUCUUCAGAGCAUCUUCCAAAGGCUGGCUGGCGGCUCAUCUGGGAAGCUGACCAGCUCAUCUAACUCCUCCUUGAACAUACUUCCCACCGGGGCAUCACAGCCCCGGUGGGCAGCCCAGGAUCAGGCUUUCCUCCCCUAGCAGGGAAGUGACUCACCCAACCCCACACACAGUUCAUCAGUUGCAAAGACCCUCGCCCAGCUCUGUCUGGCUGACGUCAUUCCCUCACCUAGGACGAGGCAGCAUGCAUUGAUUUAACAUGUCCCACACAUGUUAAGUAUUUUCACACUUACCUUCUCAUUUAUUCUUCACAGAAGCCUCAUACAUAUGAGGAAGCAGAGGCUCAGAGAGGUUAAGCAACCGGCCCAAGGGGCCAGUUAGAUAUUGGCAGAGACUGGAUUUGAACCCCAGUUGGCCUGGCUCAAAGAAAGAUGAGGAGUUGGGAGGGAGCUAAUGGGUUUGGGGUUUUAGCCACAAAUACUGUUUUUUCAGUGGAUCCAUGUAAACAUCUUAACAGUCUUUUUUGAUGUUUUGCAUGUUGUUUUCAGAGUAAUACAACAUGUAAAGAGAAGGCUUAGUCUCCAGCCUCAGCCUCCCUGGCUCCCAUCACACACACCCUGAAAUCUGCUGGGCAAGCAGGGGGAGGAGAAUGUUAGGUCAGCCUCUCCGGUCCAAGGCCUCUGGCCCGCAGUGUCUGUCCUCUGUUCUCUCCCAAGCCACUUUUCCAUGGGAGUGUAACACACAGAUGCAUGUCCUCCGGCCUGGCCAGUUCCCGAAUUCUCAACUGCUGGGAGUCACACUUCAUCCAAGGACAGACUGUUCCUCCCUGCUUGGGUCUUAAGAUGAGGCCGUUCUGAACAGAUCCAAGCUGGGGCCUCUGGCUUCUCAGAGAGCCUGAACGUACAGGGGUUGAGAGCAGUAAGGGAGGUUUAAAAAUAGCCUUGUGUUCCCAUUGUCACCCCCACCCUCCGCAACUCCCCAGGGCUACAGAUGUGCAACUGAGGCAUGCCAUGGUAUGGGACUCAUCAUGUCAAUGGAAGCGCCUGUCUGUGACUGGGGCCUCAUGGCCUCUUGGGCAGUGUACUUCCUGGACACCAGGGCUGG